AUGCUGCCAAGAGUUAACAGCAUGGUUUGGAACAUUGAAGAUGGCAAAGAGGAGGAGCAAAAAAGUAGUACACCUUCUUCUUCUUGGCCUCCUCAAAACAGCAACAACAACAACAACAACAAUGGCGAACACAAACCGGAAUCCAUGGCGGAGCCCGAAAGAGACGAUUGGUACCACUUUCUGCAUGCCCACCAAGACAUCUCAUUCUCGCCACCCAAUCAUCACCUUCUCUUACAUAACCAACUCGAUUCAUCUGCUUCUUCUUCCCCGUCCUCUGUUUCAGUCUUCAACACCCUCAAUCCAAAUCAUCACCUCAAUAGCACUUACUUUCUCCACCCAAAAUCUGUAAUCAAUCCCAUCCCAAACACAAACAUCCCCUUAGAUGGAGCCCUUGAUCUGGGCUGCCAAAAUGGUUAUCUCGAAACUGCGCUUAACCGGCCCGGUGGGCUUCUCGGUGGUGGUUUUGGUGAUUUUGGUGCUAAUUCUCAUAUGGGCUCUCUUAAUUUGACCUCAAAUCAAGAUUCUCAGUUUGGCUUGUUUCAAGGGAAUUGUGGGUUUGGUGGUUUUGGGUUUGGGGAUGGGUCCAUGCAGCUCAACAGCAACAACAAUAGUAAUACUAAUAGUAAUGAUACUAAUAAUAAUAAUAAUAGUACUAACUCAUUGUUCUUCAAUAGGGCUAAGAUUCUGAAGCCACUUGAUAAUUUUGCAUCACUUGGUUCACAGCCAACCUUGUUUCAAAAAAGGGCUGCCCUUAGGAAAAAUCUUGGGAAUAGCAGCACUAAUGUGGGCAAUUUGGGAUCUUUGAACUUAGGGGGUUGUUCUAGAAGCCAGGUUAGCUUAAAAUCUCCAGCUAGUGCUAGUAAUCUGGACAUCAGUGAGGAGAAUAAUGAGAGGAAAAGGAAAAGUAGUAGUGUGGAUGAUCUGGACGAUUUUAGUAUCGACGGUUCUAACCUGAAUUACGAUUCUGAUGAUCAAUUCUUGGAGAUUAGUGCUGCUGUUAAAGGAAAAAAUGGUGGAAAUAGCUCGAACGUGGUCUCUCCCGGGGAUCAAAAGGGGAAAAAGAAAGGGCAGCCAGCAAAGAAUUUGAUGGCGGAAAGGCGGAGGAGGAAAAAGCUUAACGACCGGCUCUACAUGUUGAGGUCGGUUGUUCCGAAAAUAAGCAAGAUGGACAGAGCUUCCAUACUCGGUGAUGCAAUUGACUACUUAAAGGAGCUUUUACAGAAGAUCAAUGACCUCAACAACGAACUCGAGUCUGUCCCAGCUGCUACGUCUUCAGCUACCCCAAAUUCGAAUUUCUACCCCGUCACGCCAGCUGGCACCCCUCGACUACCGAGCCUUAUCAAGGAAGAGCUUUGUCCUAGUGCAUUCGCAACCCCAUUGUCAAGCCCAACUGAACAACCAGCAAGGGUGGAGGUGAGGCUUCGAGAAGGGCGAGCUGUGAACAUUCACAUGUUCUGUGGCCGAAAACCGGGCCUUUUGCUGUCUACUCUGAGGGCUAUGGACAGUCUGGGUCUAGACGUUCAGCAAGCUGUUAUUAGCUGUUUCAAUGGUUUCGCCUUGGAUGUUUUUCGUGCUGAGCAAUGGGGAGAAGGCCAAGAUCUGAACCCUGAUCAAAUAAAAGCAGUGCUCUUGGAGUCUGCUGGCUUUCAUGGGAUCGUAUAA